CUUCCUCUUCUAUAUCGCGUAGCUUCUUAGAAGAAAACAUCUUCUUGUGGUGGACAGCAAUCAAGGACUUUGUAAGAUCCAUUAUUAUAUAUUGUCUAAUACAAACCAAAAAUGAGACCGCCACUGGUGAUAUUUGGUCUAUUGCUGUUGGGUCUCGUAUUUUACCUCGUACUUUACAGAGAGGAACUGAAAGGCGGACUUCCUCACUUAAAACAACUGCUAAUUAUAACAGAGAAAACACCAUUUCUAACACCAAAACUUGAAAGACACGACAGAAACAUAACAAUUAUGAAAUGGUUGAAUCCAAAAAUGUUCACGGAAAUCUAUGUUCUGUCAGCGUAUUAUGACGACAGACCGACGCUAGACCCGAAAACGAAACCGGUUGUGCGCAUAAUCGGAGUAGCAGAUAAAGGAACCAUUGAGGACAGAGGCGAAAAGCUGUUCUGUAUAGUAUGGCAUGACGUUUCGCACGACAGUGUCUUGAUAGAAAUGGAAGUGACUCACCUCGGAUCUGGCGCAUAUAGCCAUGGUAGAUACUUUCGCCAGUACAUAUUUAUUUGCCCAUUAACUAAUAUUACCAUUAUUAAACCGUCUACUAUCUCAGUGACAGACGGUUUAUUCCAUAAACAAUUUGAUUGGAAACUCAUGAAAAAAGUUUUUCCCAGGAUUCCAGUAAGGUAUCCAGAGAAACCCACAAAAAAGAUGGAUUUCGGCCAGUGCACAAGUAUAACAUAUUGGACAGUAGAUCCAUACCGCGUUGUGGAGUGGGCAGAGCUGCAUAGGAUUUGGGGAGUGAAAGAGAUGAACAUAUACGGUAGCAUGGUUAGUGAAAAAACGGAGAAAGUGUUCAGACAUUACCAUCAGGAGGGUUUCCUCACGUACACGAUUGUAGAAAGGCCAAUGAAUCAAACCGAUGAGGCGAUAUUUUUUCUCAUGUCAUCACCGGUGAUAAAUGACUGCAUAUACAGAAAUAUGUACCGAUAUAAUAAGAUUAUAGUAGUGGAUUUGGAUGAAAUGAUCGUGCCUCGUGGGAAUCUGUCAAAUUAUCCCCAGCUUUUAGAUGCGAUAGAAUCGUCAGUUGAAACCAGGCAUCCAUAUCGUAUGUAUAAUUUCCGAAACCUAUACUUUUUUUUCGAAUUACCUCAAAAUGAGAAAUAUCCAGUACAAUUGAGAACGCUGCGACAAAUUGGUCGUUUGAGGGAUAUAACUCCCUAUGGGACUGCAACUAAAAGCAUAAUAGAUCCCAUGGCAUGCACAAAUAUGCACAAUCAUUUCUGUUGGCGCUUGACAAAACUGAGUGAUACCCAUGGCCAUUCCAUUGACGUGCAUCCCGGUUUUGGUUUAAAUCAACACUACAAAAAGUGUCAUUUUGAUCAGUAUAUGGUGACAUAUAAUUUACCACCUUGUAAAGAAGCCCUGAAAAAUUUCUCGGUCGAUUAUACCAUGCUUCAUUAUAAGGACCUGCUUCUACCCAAUGUCGAAUCACAAUGGAUUAAAUUGGGACUGUAA